CCCUAGGCCUAGUCGAAUGAAUUCAAAAGAACCGAUUCACAGAUCUGUACAGCGAUGCAGCACGUAUGGAUGUGAGAGGUGCAGCAUUCGCUCGAGAGCAUCAGAGGCUCAGCAUCUUCAUCUGACGCACGCGUAAAAAUGGCAUUGCGCAUUUAAAGCUCGACUUUGGAGAGCAUCACACCAGGAAUACAGGACCCCAUUGUUUUUUAAAGACCGUAAACAGGACACAAGCCUGGAAAUCAACGGUGGACAGUGGGGGGAUUUUGGGGACAGUCAUGGCGGGGGUGGGAGCCAGGGGGAGAAGGACGGGACUCCCGGGGUUCUGUUGGAAAACAUGCUAUUUCCACAUCCUAUUCUGGGUCGUGUCUGUUUGUGGAGAAGAGAGGACAUUUAUCGUUGAGACGUGGCUGAAGAACUAUGGCUACCUGCUCCCUCUUGACAUCCGAACAUCGGACCUGCGAUCAGAGAAAGCCAUGCAGUCUGCGGUCGCUGCCAUGCAGCGGUUUUAUGGCAUUCCAGUGACAGGAGUCCUUGAUCAAACCACCAUCGAGUGGAUGAGAAAACCUCGCUGCGGCGUUCCAGAUCAUCCUCACAUCAGCCGACGCAGGAGAAAUAAACGCUAUGCCCUCACUGGACAAAAAUGGAGGGACAAAAGGAUCACGUACAGCAUACAUAAUUUCACACCUAAAGUUGGGGAGAAAGACACUCAGAGGGCGAUACGUCAAGCCUUCGACGUCUGGCAGACCGUAACCCCGCUGACCUUUCAGGAAGUUGCUUAUUCGGAGAUCAAAAAUGAGGGUAAAGAGGCCGAUAUCAUGAUCUUCUUCGCCUCUGGUUUCCACGGUGACAGUUCCCCCUUCGACGGAGAGGGAGGUUUUUUAGCGCACGCCUAUUUCCCCGGUCCUGGUAUCGGCGGAGACACACACUUUGACUCAGAUGAGCCGUGGACGUUAGGAAACUCCAAUCAUGAUGGCAAUGACCUUUUUCUGGUGGCGGUACAUGAGUUAGGACAUGCACUGGGUCUGGAGCACUCCAACGAUCCCAGUGCCAUCAUGGCUCCUUUCUACCAGUACAUGGAGACGCACAACUUCAAGCUGCCUCUGGACGAUUUACAGGGCAUCCAGAAAAUCUAUGGUAUACCUACAGCCAUGCUGGAGCCCACCCGUCCUCUUCCCACUUUACCUGCACGACGAACACACUCCACCUCAGACAAAAAACAUGACCGGCAUUCCCGCCCCGCUCGCCCACCCACCGGAGAACGCCCAUCCGGUAACGGCAAACCCAACAUCUGUGAUGGCAACUUUAACACGGUGGCCUUCUUUCGCCGGGAGAUGUUUGUUUUUAAGGAUCGCUGGUUCUGGCGUUUACGAAACAACAAGGUUCAGGAAGGCUAUCCCAUGCUGAUUGAGCAGUUCUGGAAAGGUCUUCCUCCCCGCAUUGACGCUGCUUAUGAGAGAUCAGAUGGCAAAUUUGUAUUCUUUAAAGGAGAUAAAUACUGGAUCUUUAAGGAGGUUACAGCAGAGCCCGGUUACCCCCACAGUCUGGUAGAGAUGGGCAUUGGUUUGCCACGUGAUGGCAUCGACACGGCCUUACGCUGGGAGCCAGUGGGUAAAACCUACUUCUUCAAGGGCGAUCAGUACUGGCGUUACAAUGAAGAAAAGCGCAUCGUUGACCCAGGCUACCCCAAACCCAUCAGUGUAUGGAGGGGCAUCCCGGAUAGUCCACAGGGAGCCUUCAUCAGUCGAGAAGGAUUUUAUACCUACUUCUACAAAGGAAAGGAUUACUGGAAGUUUGAUAACCAGAAGUUAACCGUGGAACCAGGCUACCCCAAAUCAAUCAUCAAAGACUGGAUGGGCUGCGACCAGUCGGAAGUCGAAAAGAACAAAGACCGGCACCUUCCGCACGAUGACGUCGACAUCAUGGUGGCCAUCAACGACGUCCCCAGCACUGUAAACGCCAUCGCCGUGGUCAUCCCGUGCAUACUUUCACUGUGCAUUCUGGUCCUCGUCUACACUAUCUUCCAAUUCAAGAAUAAAAACGUUCAACAGCAUGUCACCUACUACAAACACCCGGUGCAGGAGUGGGUAUGACAGACCAAGAGGCGUUUUGGACCCCAAACGCUUGAGAACCUACGUGAGGGCUACUAUGCUGAGGUUGGAAAGCAUACGUGACCAGUGCCUGUUUUCCGAACAAUCUUGUCCCGGGAAAAUAAAAAAAGACAAGACACGAGAAUCAACUCCACUCGAAAUGUUAUAACUAAUAUCGCAAUUUUUUAUUGCAUGAGCCCAAGAGAUGAAACUUCUGAGAAGCUCGUGGGUUCGAAGUUGCGAACGUGCAGCCAAUUUUUUGGUCACAGAACCAACGUUUCCAGGUUUCCAGACCACAAGAUUCCACUGCAGAUCAACAGACGAAUCCUCAUUGUUCUCAGUAUUUGAAGUAUUAUCAAAGAAACUAAUGAACAAAAAUAAAAUUUAAAUCAAGACUUGAAAAACAAAGUAGGUAGAAAGGCCAUAAAAAAAGAAUACCAAGGAAUUUUACGAAUCAUGCCGUCUUUUAUUCAUGGGGUGAAGGGUUUUACGACUACUCAAAGACUUUUUAAAGGGUUUGGGAGGCAUAAAAAAUAAUAAUGAUAGCAACUGUCUUUAUAGCUUCAAUCCGAAUGUUUGUUUGCGAGAUAUUUCUUUCUUUUCACACCUGCCUACGGAUUUCCACAGAGCAGGAAUAAUGUUUGAUUUAUAAUAACUAGGGCAGUCUUAAUACCUCCUCCUACGCUGUACUGUACCGCGCUUCUAUUUUUCUUCUUCGGCCGUUUUUAUCCGUCUCUAACAAAGGACGAUCUCUUUUUUUGAUCGGAUUUGGUUUAUAGACAGCAUUCGUAUUACGUUUUAUAGGAGAAUCGUUUGUAACAGCGUUCAAAAGGAAAAUGGAGACAAGCCUUUUUCUGCAAAGUAGGACCGAUUACAAUUUACAUGCAAUGCAUACAUUUUAUUGAUCACAUUUUCUUUUUUUAUAGUCUUGAUUUCAAUGUAGUGUUUUAAAUAUGUGUGCCAGACAGGACCGUGACUUUAAACAGCACAUCUGAACACGAAAUGAUUUCUGUUGCCUACAGGAGAUGAUCUACUGUAUCCUCACCGAAUGAACAUAAUCUUCUGUGUCUUAUGUUAAAGUGACUUCAAUUUCACGUCUUCGAUGUCUGUCGAGUGCUUUUAUUGGUGCGACGGUGAAACUUAACAGUAAGGCGUGUUUGACUCGUCUCUGAUCUCAUCUGCUCACUGGAUGGACCUGAGAUGUUAUUGAUAUUUUGGGUUAACCUGAUAAGGCUUCAGACGCAUAAAUAUAAAAGGUUUGUAGCAUCUUAAUCAAUAUAUUAAGAUGGUAGAGCUGGCGAGACUCUCUUAUAAGGAUUGUCUUUUGCUUUUCUUUAUUCAUCACUAAUACGUUUUUGCCUUAACACAUACACUUUGGUGUAGUACAAUAAGUUUAUUUACCUAUAGGGAAGAAACAAGGCAUUUUAGUUGGACACGUUUUUAUUUUUUUAUUAAGUGUAAAUAUUGUAUGCUUAGUUCAAUGGAGCAUUGAUGUGCUAUAGAAACUACCUGCUGUGUUUAUAACGUGUCUGGAAAUACUCUGCCAAUAGUCAUAUUUCUAAAGUGAGCCGGAUUCAUUGACGUGAUAUAUGUGACAGAAGAAAAAAAGACAUGCAGGCAAUUCGAUUUCGGUAAUACGUUUCAACGAACACAAAUGUUUUCUGAACAGCCUUGUUUGUCUAGGGAACGUUUUUGGGAACUUUGAGGGUUCGUGUUCGUUGCUGGUUAAAAAAAAACUUAUUGUCUUCCAAAGUGACAUUUCUCCCAGUGUGGUUGUAUGAAUAAGUCUUUAAACAGUCCUUCCAGAAAAAGCAGUUUUUUGGUGAUUGUUGCGGGCAAAAAUCCUUGAUCUUGCCGCACAUUUUCUUAAAGGUGACAUAGAAUGAUUGAACGGGGUAUUUAUCCUUGUUCUGUGAUGUGACAUGUAGACAAUUUUUUUUGUUUGGGUCUGUAAUGACUUAGAAGCUUCAUAAAAACCUCUCUCAGAUAGCUCUUUUAGGGUGGUGGAUUUUAAACAAGUGGUUUUGCACCUAUUUGGCUCCUCCUACUGAUUUACCUCAUUACUGAUUGGUUGACUUUGCUGCCACUCAAAAAAUUUAGCCAAUUAUUUUAAAGUGGAGGGGCAGGGAGAUGCCUGUGAUGUCAUAAGCAUCAGUUUUUUAGAUUGGGCCAUUUUCUGGCUGACAUUUCUAAAAGAGGAAUUUCAAGAGACUGAGAUGUUUAGCAUGUCUAGCACUUUUUGUAUGUUUUUGUUUGUGAAUGCGGGUAGACUACCAUUAUUCAACAAAGACAUGGUAAUAAUGGAUUUUCAUUCUCUGUCCCCUUUAAAAAAUGCGAUGUAAUAUGCAGGAUAUUUAUGCAAAUGAAAUUGCGGGAACUUGCCAAAACUGCGUGAACUUGCAAAAACUGUUUGCAGCUUUUCAUUGAUGUUCACGUCGCGUAAUUACGUCACUUCCUAACAUUCCCAUGACAACAGGGGACAUGGCUGCGCAUGUGUGAAGUAAAUGCAAAAGUUUUCAACUUUCUGCUAAGAUAUGUAUGACUUUUUGCUACGAAAAUGCGGGGAUUAUGAAAUCAUGCAAGCCCACAUAUUUUGCGAGCAGAAAUCUGCAAUUUUUGCGGCGAAAGUGCGGCGUAUUUAAAAAAUGCGAUCGCAUAAUCGCGUUUUUCUGGAGGGACUGUUUAAAGGGGAAAUAACAUACAGCUGCUGGUUUAAGAGUUAAAACGAAGCACGAUUUCUAUACAAUUGUAUUUACACAGCAAUUCAAGGUACAAUGGUAUGAUCAUGAUAUUAUUAUUGUAUCAUGCCCACAAUGCCAUGGUAAUACCAUCUCCACAAAACCAUGUUUUUUUCUAACUAUGAUCUUCGGUGUAAUGUUGCCGUUCUUUUGCAUCGGCUAUAUGAUGUUUCCUUAAGAUGUUUGUGGACUUCCCCUUUAAAGGCAUUGCGCCUUGUCUUACAGUCUGCAAUGGCACAUUGAGCUCCUCAAAACUUUCAGAUGUUACAUAUUUUAUCAGCGCAUACAUGAAUUGUGUUCCUUGAUUAUAAAUCAAUGCCUUUACUAAUCGUGUUAGCAUUUAUUUCAGUGGACCUGAUUGUCAUGUCAUUUUUGGAUGUGUUGAUGCGAGCAGCUUGGCCGUGGGUAGAAGCUAGAGCAGAUUUUACAUAUUUGUGCCCACUUGGGAAAGACUCGAUGUUAUUGUCUCUCAGAUAAGCAUUUUUAUUAAUCAACUCCUCCGUAUCUAGAGCACCUGCUCGAUCCGACAAGCAAUGUGGCAAUGGAAUCGUCCACUGUCUCGGGUACAGGAGGUUCUGGGUGGGAGUAUUUGAAAAGAAACACACUGUGCUUAACCAGUUGUCUUCCUCGAAUCAGAAGUGUCAAGUGAGCUGGUGUCAAAAACGAUUUCUAUAAGACAGUGUGGCACGAAGGAGUGUGCGGUUUUAUGUGUUUUUCUCAUUCGAAUGUUCAGCUCUACAUAUAUUUAAGUGACGUGUCGCUAAGAGAGUUGAAGCGUAUUUAUCAAUGUAAGGUAAAAGAAAAAUUACGUGGGAAGGCUGCUUGAAUUCUCUGAAUAGUUUAUUUUAAGGACAAAUUAUCGUUUAUUUGCGGAAACAAAUCUGGCAUGAUUAAGUUGUAGCUAAAUCUAACGUACGUGAAAACGUGACUAUGUUACAUGUUGGGGAUUUUGUAUGAAUGCGUAAGAUGUGAAUCGUACAAAAACGUAUAAUUUUCAAAAAAAAGCAAGAAUGUAACUCCUCCUUUAAGGCCGAAUUAUAGUCUAUUUUUACGUGUACGCGAGGGUACAGUGCACAUAACGCAUUUUUCGUCUGCACACGCACAACCGGUUUUUGAAACCUUGCGUACAUUGGUAUGCGCCUACAGUAGUAUGUAGCCCAGGAGAUCCAUUGCAUUUUGUCGCAAUGCGCAUACGUCGAACAUCUGUCUACACGUACAAGUCAAAUAAACUAUACUUUGCAAGACUUUGCGUUUGACCGUGCACGUAAAAAACAGCCUGUACUUCGGCCUUACUAUACUAGCAGAUCGUACUUAAAAAUACGUACGAAUGAGGUCAUACGAAUGAACCACCUCGUAAAAUAGUUAAAAAUUACCAUGAGAUUGUCUCAGAUUGUGGUCCGCACACAUCAUUUUCUUUUUUGAAAUUAUACUGCACUAUCACCACAUGUUUAUUUACACCGUUUUGGACCAUUCCAUAGGAAUUUUACAGACAUAUAGAUCACUAAGCAAGCCAGUAUUAUGUGUAUAUAUGAACACAGUUUAAACUUUAAACAAACCUAAUGUCAGAAGUGAAAUGUUUAACAGAACUAAAGUGUAUUUAUCAAAGGUGGAUAUCUUUAGAGAUGUUUGUUGUAGGGUCAUGUGAAAGGUUUGUAAUGCUAGAGGCGUACAGUAUCAUAUGAAAAGCUAUUUAUUUAUCAUUAAUAAAGACGUAAGGGUAUUUGACACAGUUUAAUUUAAAAUCAAGGUGAAGCCAUGCCUAUAACCACAUUAGUUGCACAGAAAAAAUAAAUAAAUAAACCGAACUGUACAGGGAGACAUAAAUAAUAGGAAUUCUCUGGUAAUUUGCCUCUUUUUAAUGGGUACGAUUGUGGCUUUGGACAACAGUCACUUUUAACCCAAGCUGCUGUUGCCUUUUGUUUUUACUGUACUUUUAUGAGACUAACAAUAGGAAAAACAUAUCAGAGGUAUAGUGAAGGACCCAACUGUAUUUACGCUUUCGAUUACAGCGGGUUAAUUUUAAACGGAGAUUUUAUCAAAGAUAGCUUUAACGUUUUUUUUGGUUCGUUUUUUCUUGACUGACCGUUGCGGGAAUUGUAUUACUGUAUAUAAUUGUUUUUCCCUUGGACAGAAUUGAAGAGUGAAAAGUUUCACUCUAUAAUUUGAAUCAAACUAUUCAGAUUCUGUCCUUUUUGAUAUUUUUCUGAUUUGCAGGUAAAAUGUCGCAGUCUGCUCAGAUUUUGUCCAAGUUUUAAUGGUCAUGUAAAUAUAAAGAUUUCCUGAAACUUUUUGAAAUUCAAUCUUUUGUAUUUUUCUUUCACUCUAACUGUAGCCAAUAAUUUCACAUUGUCAUGCAUAAUGUUAUAUUUCUUCAGGACAAGUGAUUUUAAACAGACUUGCUUUACUAAUUUUAGAUAUUAUUUAAGCUUUAUUGGUUGAACUGUUCUUAACGCUAUAAACAAUGGGUCAUUUUUGUUUUUUGGUUUUUAGUCUACAGUUUUACACUGUGUAUCUAA